AUGCUUACAUGCUUUCUCUCCAUCCCCUCCACUCGAACCAACUUGCUUUCACCCCAUCUCAUUAAUUCUAGCCACGCAACUUACUUGCGUAGUCCCCUGUUCAUCCACUCCAGCCCACAUGAUUUCGUUUUCAUCCACUCCACCCAGCCAGCCCGCAUGCUUUCUCAUCCACUCCAGCCCGUUUCAUCCCACAUCCACCCAGUCCUCAUGAUUUCUCCCAGUUUCAUCCACCCCAGCCCUCAUGAUUUCUUCUCCGUUUCAUCCAAUUCAGCCCUCAUGAUUUCUCCGCAUUUCAUCCACUCGAGCCGACCUGCUUUCUCCCCGUUUUCUCCACGUUUCAUCCAUCCACCAGUCCUCAUGUGUUCUCGUCUCAUCCACUCCAGCACUCAUGCUUACUCCCGUUUCAUCCACUCGAGCCGUCCUGUUUUCCCCCGGCGUUUCAUCCACUCCAGCACUCAUGCAUUCUCCCCGUUUCAUCCACUUUCAGCUCUUCAUCCACUGAGCUUCCUCUUUCUCCCCGUUUCAUCCACUCGAGCCGUCCUGCUUUCUCCCCGUUUCAUCCACUCGAGCCGUCCUGCUUUCCUCCGUUUCAUCCACUCCAAUCUUCAGCUCUCAUGCUUUCCCCUUGUCCUUUUUCAUCCAUUCGAGCCUACUUGCUGUCUCACCGUUUCAUCCACUCCAGCCUUGUCCAUUUCGAAGCGUAAAAACAAAAGCUCUGUGUUCGUACGAGCCCGCGGGGUUGUGCCUCUAUCUACAGCUAAACUUGGUGGAGACAAGCCCGAAGAAGGUCGCUCGUUCUUAUAUGAGCACACUGCUUCGACCCCUAUGACCGAUUCUGAUCCUCCUUUCUUUGAUAUUUUCUUUCUUUCUUUCUUUCUUUCUUUCUUUCUUUCUUUCUUUCUUUCUUUCUUUCUUUCUUUCUUUACUCUAUUUAGCCUUUCUUUAUUUCUAAACAAAGAUCCUCCUUUCUUUGAUAUUUUCUUUCUCAAAGAUCCUCCUUUCUUUCUUUCUUUCUUUCUUUCUUUCUUUCUUUCUUUCUUUCUUUCUUUCUUUACUCUAUUUGUCCUUUCUUUAUUUCUAAGCAAAGAUCCUCCUUUCUUUGAUAUUUUCUUUCUGUCCAUCUUUCUUUCUUUCUUUUUUUCUUUCUUUCUUCUAUUCGGCAUCCUCCCUUUUGGUUUUUCUAUUCUUUCUUUCUUUCUUUCUUUCUUUCUUUCUUUCUUUCUUUCUUUCUUUCUUUCUUUCUUCCAAUUAGCGAACGACAAUUUACUUCUCAUCACCGACACGACCUUCGAACCAAAUAAUACUGAAAAUUCUAAUUUCUUCUCUUGCGUAGGAAUGUCAUUUGAAAUGUUUUAUUUUAUGACGUCAAUUCAGAGUUUGUUGAUGUCGUCGUCGUUGUCGUCGUUCCUCCUCCUUUGCCUUGAAUCUCGGCUCCCCGCUCUGAAACAAUUACUUUCUCUGCCUUCUGAUUGCACUUGA